CGGCGAGUGAAUGUUAGAAGAAAAAAAAUUGGCGGUAAAUUUGACAUUGACAAUUUUUUUUUAAUUAGACAUAAACACUAAAGAACUGUCUCAUACGUUUAAUAAUUUUAUAUACUUUUUGUGAUUUAUUUGACGUUAUAGUAAAAAAUAAAAAGUGUUUUAUCGUGUUCGUGCUUACAAGUGACGUUAUGUUUGAUAAAACAUGUUAUGAAUAACAGAAGCCAAGUGUGACUCGUUCGUCAACAUGUGCAGAAACGAAAAAUUUGUAAUAGUCAUAACUUUAAUUUUAACACAAACAAAUGCUUUAAACGUUGCAUUAGAAAAUAAAUAUGAAAAUAUUAAUAGAUUAGAAACCGUAGAGCUAAAUAGCAGUAUGGAUAAUGUAGAAAAUAUAAUGAAUAGAGCUGACAAUGCAUUUGAUGCGUUUAAUAAUAACGACACAUUAAAGAAAAGCGGUACAGAAGAAUGUGUGGGUGAUGCAGAGUUCUGCAAUAUGACAAGAGAAGACUACAUAGAAAUGUUAAACGAAUACAUAUACCCACAAACAUACGAGUGGAUACUUAUAGGCACGCACACUGCCGUAUUUGUGAUGGGAUUGGUUGGAAAUGCAUUGGUGUGCGUAGCUGUGUAUAGGAAUCACACUAUGCGAACCGUGACGAACUAUUUCAUUGUUAAUUUGGCAGUGGCCGAUUUCAUGGUGAUACUGUUCUGUCUGCCGCCUACAGUGCUGUGGGAUGUGACAGAGACGUGGUUUUUAGGGAAAGCGCUAUGCAAAAUCUUGCUUUAUUUUCAGUCGGUAUCAGUGACAGUGUCCGUGCUGACAUUGACCUUCAUCUCAGUGGACCGCUGGUACGCCAUCUGCUUCCCGCUCAAGUUCAAGUCCACUACCAGGCGGGCCAAGAUCGCCAUACUUGUCAUCUGGGCCAAUUCUCUUUUAUUCAAUUCCCCAGAACUGGUCGUGCUGACCACAGUCAAGUCUGUACCGCUGAGAUUCGAACUGGAAUACCUGGUACAGUGUAUGGCCACUUGGUCGUCACAGAGCGACCUCGUAUGGCAUAUCAUCAAAGUUGUUUUCAUUUAUACAAUCCCAUUGAUGCUGAUGACAGUUGCCUACUACCAGAUUGUGAGGGUUCUUUGGAAAUCUGAGAAGAUCCCAGGGCAAGCGGAGACCAUAAAAUUGGCACCGGCAGAGCAGACACAACUACGUUCUAGAAGGAAGGCGGCCAAGAUGCUUGUCGCUGUCGUAAUAAUGUUCGCCGUCUGCUAUUUUCCUGUGCAUCUUCUGUCUGUUUUAAGGUAUAUCAUUCCCAUUCUGCCCAAUACGGUACCAAUGUCAAUGCAAUUGAAUUAUUGUAAUUAA